GUAUGACCAAUUCACAAGCAACAUCAACAUCGUAUCAGUAGUAUCUCGGCAUACAAAUAACAUAGCCAGGCAAGUUCCAUCGAAUAGAAAACCCAGGCGGAAACACCUUCGAAGUCCCACCCCGGCCAAUCGCCAACUUUCGAUAACCGGUAUCACCUCCACCCACUUUGACAACGAGAUAUGGCCGUACAACUCCCCGUAGCUAGGGGUAUCUCUGUAGACACCACAGGAGCCGAGAUCAUUGCAGAAGAUUCACCAGCUACACGUGAUGCAAGAGGAAUCUACCUACCGGCUUAUCGAGAACUGCUCUCACACGUCGCUAUUGAUAUCGGCGGUUCUCUAGCCAAGAUCGUCUAUUACAGCCGCUCCCCCAACCCGCCUGGCCGAUCAACCUCUUCCUCAACCUCAAAGACCGCAUCAUCAUCCUCUGCAUCCUCUUCACAACAUACCUUCACAGAAGUCGAUGGAGAUAGCACAUCGUGGACACCGAAAGUCAACGGAGCCUUGACACCGGAUGUGCUUACUGCAAGUCUCAAGCAGAAAGAGGUCGAGCUCGGCGGGUCCGGGUCAGGGUUGGGAGCAGGGUCGAGGGUAGCAGGAUCAUCGUCGGGAUCGCGUUCAAAUGCAGACGUCGCAGGGUCCAGGAAGACGACAUCCAUCCCCCUCAAACGGGGUCACGCACGACAUCACUCUCUCCUCCGUCGAGGAUCCCUCCCUCCCAACUUCCCCGGUGGGACCCUCAACUUUGUCCGGUUCGAGACCGAACAGAUCACCCAGCUCAUCGAUUUCCUCAACGACCUCAUCAAGUCCUCCGCUGCUACCAACCACGUGACCGAGUCCGAGAUGCGUAAAGGCGUCCGGGUGAUCGCUACCGGUGGAGGCGCGCACAAGUAUUACGACAUGUUGGUCGAAGGGACCGGGUUGAAGGUGCAUAGGGAGGAAGAGAUGGAGUGCCUGAUCACCGGGUUGGGGUUCAUCACGAGUAUCCCGGACGAGGUGUUUUGGUACUCGGACGAGCUGGUCUACGAGAUCUCUCACCGAGGCAAGGAAGAGGCCGUAGCUAGCUCCAGCUCCAACACGCCAGCCCGGACAGAAGACCCUCCAACGUCCAUUCCAGCCGACCCUACCCCAACCGAGCGUAAAAACCUGCCCCGACCUUCCCCUGAUCCUCCAUCAUACCAAGUCACGUUCGAUACGUCGGGUAGCCCGCAAUUCCCCUGCUUGUUGGUCAACAUCGGGAGUGGGGUGUCGAUCGUCAAGGUGGACGAGGACGGGAGUUUCGAGCGGGUCAGCGGGACGAGUCUGGGUGGAGGAACGUUGUGGGGAUUGUUGAGUCUGAUCACCGAGGCGACGACGUUUGACGAAAUGCUGGCUUUAUCGGAAAAGGGCGACAACGCCGCGGUAGACAUGCUCGUCGGUGACAUCUACGGAUCGGAUUACAACAAGAUCGGUCUUAAAUCGAGCACGAUCGCUUCGUCUUUCGGCAAGGUCUUUAAAAAGGGCGCGGCGGAUAGGAAAAAGGCGUUCAGCCAGGAGGAUAUCAGCAAGAGUUUGUUGUACGCUAUCAGCAAUAAUAUCGGGCAGAUUGCCUACAUGAACGCCGAAAAGUACGGUCUGGACCGGAUAUACUUUGGAGGGUGUUUCAUCCGGGGACACGCUGCUACCAUCUCGUGCUUGUCCUACGCGAUCCGCUUCUGGAGCAAAGGAACCGUCCGAGCGAUGUUCUUGCGGCAUGAAGGGUUCCUCGGGUCAAUCGGCGCUUGGAUACGGAACGUCGAGGCGACCGAGGGGGGAAAGGCAGGGCAGGAUGGGCAAGGACAGGGGGAGGAAGAGAAGAUGGUACAGGAGUGAAGUAGAGGAUCACUAGACGACAGCGGAUGUUGGUUGUUUGGAUGGCGCGUGUUGAUCACGAUAUCAUCAUAUAUGCUUCAAACGGGGCCGUACAAGCGUCGCAUCUAUGGACCUUGAUUGAAUCACGACGCGAUAGG